UUGCGCUCUCCCACUUCACUUCAUAUGUUAUUUUACAACUUUUUGUAGCCUGUUUAUUCGUAUUUUUGAUCGAAUUUUUCCGCGUAAGCAAAACUAUCAAGUUUGCCGCGAUCUCUUCCUCAAGGAAAUCCACGGGAAGCUCAAAAGAUGUGAUAGGUCAUCGCGCGGUCGGACGAAAAGUUUCCAUCGUCAAGAGCCGUCGGAGUCGAUGACAGCUUCCUGGUUAGGCUCAUUAUCGUUUAGAUUCUAAAUUCUACCGCCAUCAUUUACGAAUAAGCGUUUACGGCAAUUCUAUGUUUCGGAUAGUCGACCCACCCCCCAAUUUCAGGCAGAGCGAGUGGAUCUAUAAGAUGUUAUUUCUCUGGUCGAAGGAACCAACCCCGGAUCCAAGAACCGGUCCAUGGUUUGCUUGGUUCGCAACGGCUGUUCUGUUGUGGCGUUGCCGACGUCGUAUUACUAAAGCGAUUUUAGCUAUUUCACCUCUAAAAUUGUUAAAAAGACGUACUACCGGUCUAGCUAUCAAUCAGAAGACGAUUCUGAAGCAACAAAAAAGACACAGCCUUGCUCAGCUGCACAAGCAUAAGACUGUUGGCAUACGGCGAGCGAAGCGACUGUGCACCGGCGACGGUCCGCAUGUAUCCAGCAAUAUGUCCAUGAUACCACAGAUCCACUACAGAGUCACCAGGAGUGGUAGAAUCUACGGAAAAUAUCCGAACAAGACCGCUAUCCCAAAUGGCAGCAUUCAAGAAAGCCAUUAGUAUCGCACUGAAAUUAUCAAAUACUCAGCUAUACUGUUUUUGUCUCUGUAUAUAAAUCUUGUAAUUGUCAUUGUAUU